AUGGAUAAAAAUAUAUAUAAUUUUUUAAAUAUUAACCAGAAAAUUUCUCAGGAAGAACUAAAUUUAAUAAUCAGUAAUAUGAAAAAAGAGAAUAAAAAAGAUAAAUUACAUAAUGUUUUAAAUGAAGUAUAUAACUUUCAAGAAAAUAAAUUAGAAGAAAAACAUUUUUGUACAUUAAAAAAUAAUGAUAAAAUAAAUGAAAAUAUAAGGAUCAUAGAUCAUUUUGAGAAAAAUAAUUUCCCUUUUUGUAAUGGAAACAACAAAAAAAAAAAUCAAGUAUACUCAAUGGAAGAUGCUCUAAGCAGCAUGGACAUACAAAAUUCCUCAAAUUUAUUAAAAUCAAGUAUAAAAAGAAAAGAAAAAAAUAAAAAAGUUGAUAAUUAUGGUAGUAAUAAUAAUAAUAAUAAUAGUGAUAUGCAUGUAAAUGAAAAUUCAGAAAAAAAUAUCAAUUUGAAUUCUUUUAAUUUGAAUAAAUAUACAAAAAAUGAUAUGAAGUUAUUCAUGAUUCAUGAUAAUAUAAUUAAUGAACAAAAAAGGAAUAAUUUUAAAUGUAAGAAUAUGCAAGAUUCUAUCACUAAAAAUAAUAAAAAUUGCAAUAUUGUAAAUUUAGAAGAAAUAGACAAUAAAAUUAAAGUGAACACAAGAAAUGAUCAAAAAUCAAAAAAUAUAAAAGAAACUAGCUAUGAAGAUAAGAACUGUUUUAUUAAUGCAUUUAAUAAUCUUGAAAAUAAUCACGUAUUUGAUUAUUUUGUACAUGAAAAUCUAAAUAAUCUUAAUAAUAUACAUUCUGAUAAUCUAUACAAGUAUGAUAAUGUCAAUGAAAGAAAUCAUAUAUUUGAAAAUAGACCAAAUUAUAUAAAUGAACAUAAUUCAAACUUUAUAAAUGAAGAUAUAAUUCAUAUAAAUAACAAUAAUGAUAACAUGAGUUUACCUAAUAAUACAAAUGGCAACAAUAAUUUAAAAAACUUACGUGAUUCAUUGAAUAUAAAUCCAUCAUUAAACAUUUAUAAAUAUUUUACAAAUAAAAAUAAACAAGUACACAAUGUUAAUGAGAUGUAUACGAAUUUUAACGAUAAAAAUAAAAAUAGAAUAAUUGACGAUAAAGAAACAGAUGAUUUCAAUAGAAUAAUUAAUUAUAAUAAAACAAAUAAUAAUAAUAUAUUAAUUAAUGAAAUUAGAAAUGCUAAUAACUCGAUAGCUAAAGAAAAUGAAGUAAAUAAUUACGAAAGUAGAAUAAAUUACAAUGAAAAUGAUAAUUUUGACAAUAGAGCAAUGGGUAAUUAUAUUACCAAUAAUAACAUAAAUUAUAAAAAUUUAACGAAUUUAAAUAAUUUCAAUAAUAAAAAGAAUGACUACAAUAUUGAUUUUUUAGGAGAUUAUAUAAAUAACAUGAAUAUAAAUAAACUAAAAAUAAAUAGCAUAAAUAAUAAUAAUGUGAAUAUGACUAAUUUAAAUAUGUAUAAUAAUAAUAAUAAUAAUAGCAUAAAUUAUGAUGAACAAAAAAUGCAAGAUAUGAAUAAAAUGCAAGUAGUAAAUAAUUUUAAAAAAGAUGAAAUAAAUGAAUUAAGGAAUAAUUUAAUAAAUAAUAAAAAUACGAAUAUUCAAAAUAUAAUGAAUUAUAGCAAUUGUAAUUUUUUGAAAAAUGAUACAAAAUUAUCUGGGUUUUCAUUGGAUAUUAAUACAUUAAAUAGCGCUGAAUAUAACUUAAAUAAUUCUUUAUAUAAUAAUUUUACAAACAAUAUGAAUAAAUUAGAAACUGAUUUAAGUGAAUAUGAAAAUUAUAAGGAAAAUAUGAAAAUAUAUGGAAGUUUAAGUCAAGAAAACUCAAGUAGUAAAAAUAUAAAACCUAAUUCAUACUUUAAAAUGAAUGCUCUUAAUAAUACAAAUAUAAGAAAUGAUAAAAUAAACGAUACAAUUUUAAAUUUUGAUGAAAAAGCAAAAUGGUUAUUGGAUUUCAAUUUCGAAAAAAAUAAUUUCAGUCCGUCAAAUACAUUUAUGUUUAAUGAAAAAAUGAUGAAUAAAAAUAAUAUGUACAAUUUAAAUAUUAAAGAUGAUUUAUUAAGUAAUAUAAGAAUUGAAAAUAAUAGUGAAAAAGAUAAAGAAAAAAGCAUAAAUUGUGAUGAAUAUAAUAAAUUUGGCAAUGUGCAUUUUGAAGAUUAUAUUGAAAAAGUUAAUAUAGAAAAUAACCAUGUUACCAAUAAAGUAAAUUAUUAUGCUAUUAAUAAUGAAAAAAACAGUAAAGAUUAUUUAUUUAAUGCGUUGAAUGAAAAUAAGGGAUUAAUUUUUACAAAUGGAAUAAAAAGUUUAAAGUAUGAUUGCUCUAAUAAAAAUUAUGAUCUUAAACUUUUGAAAAAUAAUGGAGCUUUAGAAAAAAGUAAAUUCAAUAAAAAAGGAAUUAUGUUUGAUUCAUCUGGUUAUAAUUCUGAUAAUUCAAAAUCUUCUAAUAUGUUUAAUGGAAAAAAAAAAACAAAAUCGAAAAAAGACAUUUUAUUUGAUGUCAAUAAUAAUGAUGAUGCUUUUUUGAAUGAUAUCAAUUUAAAUAAUAAUAAAUUUGAUUAUAAAUUGGGAGUUAUAAUGCAGAGUAUACGAGAUUACAGUAACAAAGUGUUUAACGAUUUAUUUAUGAAUAACGAUCCUUUUAAAAAAAAAAAGAUAAAUGAACUGAAUUUAUAUUUAUCAAAAUUAAGGGUCAAAAAUUGUGAUGAAUUUUUUUUCAAUUUAAAUAAAUUUUACGAAAUUGUUCUUACGUUACCUAAUUCAAAUUACAUAUAUAAGUACAAUUCAUCUAUUUUAUAUAAUAUUUGUGUAGUAACAAAAAACCUUCUGUUAUUACUUCAUUUAGGUGUUUAUAUAUUUCAUAUUAUUAAAACCUGCUUGUUUUGUAUUGUAAAGUUAAUCUUAAUAAAACCUGUUUCAAUUAUAGAUAAGGUAUGGUUUUUUUUAUUAAGUUUAUAUAGAUGUUUGUUUGAAAAAUUAUAUGAAUAUUUUCAAAACGAUUUGAAUAGUGAAAAUUUACUCAACAAUAAAAUAUUUCUAGGAAUAAUUUUAUCGUUUACAAAUGUUUUUAAUGAAACUUUAAUGGAAUAUGCAAAAAUUCGUGUAUUGUCUAGAAAUAAAAAAAAAGAAGAACUUAUUGCCUUUCCAUUAUAUGAAUCACUAAAACCUUUUUUCUUUGUAUGUACAAAUUAUACAGAAGAAGAAAUAAAAUCAGAAGAUGAUAAUUACAUAAAUGAAAAAAGAAAAGAUGAGAACAAUAAUGAAUAUAAUAAAGAACUCAUGGAAGAAAAAGUAAAGAAAACAGAGUUAGAAAAAUGUAUUAAUAAUUUCGAUGAAAAAAUGAAAAUAAAAAAAAAUGAUAAAGAGAGUGAAAAAGAAAAGAGAGAAGAGAUAGAGAAAGAACAGGGAAAACAAGAAAAUAAAAUAUCCUUAAAAGAAAACAAUAAUGAAAAUCAUAUUGAUAAUUUAAUUGAUGUGGGAUUUACAAAUAAUAUAAAGGAUAGUGAUAUAUAUGAUAAAAAUAUAGAAAAUAGUAAUAUUUUUAUUUCUUCUAAAGUAUAUACCAAAAAAAAAAUCGAAGAUGAAUUAUUAGUUUCAAUAAGAAGUAAUGUCUUAUGUUGUGUUCAUACAUUAAUCAAAAUGUUUUCACAUAUUUACAUAAACAACUGGGAUAAAAUUUUAUAUUAUUACAAUGAAAAAAGAAAAAAAAGUAUUCCAAUUUUUAUGUCUAUUACAGUAAGUGAUCGAAAUCAAAAAUUAAGAGCUAAUGCAAUAUUAUGCUUAAAAUAUUUAUUUGAUUGUAAACAGCUGAAAUACUGGUUUUUACUAAAAGAUAAUAAUAGUAAUAAUAAUGACAAUAAUGCAAGUAUUGUUGAUAAUAAUUAUAAUAAUAAUAAUGAUUAUAUAGAUAAUAGCUCUAUGAAUAACAAAAACGAUUCCUUUAAUUUAUUAAAUAAUAGUAAAAUUCUUAAUACUUUACCAGAUGAAGAAAACAAUUUCGCUUUAAAUAAAGAUGAAUUAUCACAAAAUGAAAUUAUAUCAAAUAAUUUAAAUAGUAUAAAUUUUAAUAAAUCGAUUUAUAUAGAUAAACAUGGAGAAUCAAAUAAUAUUACGUCUAAUCAGUAUAAUUCUAUUUCAAAUAGCACAAAUAAUUUUAAUAAUAAUAACAUUAAUAAUUUCAGUAACAAAAAUUCUUCGAAUAUAAAUAAUUUUGAUAAUGAAAAUAAAGCAUUAACAGAAUCAGAAAAAAAUAAAAAUAAUCUAUAUGAUGCACAUAUUAAAGAAGAAAUUAGUGAUAAAAUGAAUCCUUCUAAUAUGAAAAUGAUAAUGACUAAACAAAAUGUUGUAAAAAUAUUAUAUGCAUUAAUAAAACUUAUAAUUAAGACAUAUACUUUAGAUAAUAAAAAUAAUUUUUAUACAGCUGCAGAUAGAUUAAAUAUUUAUCGUUUCUUUUUACGAGUUUCUCAAUCAAUAUCGAUGACUAGAUUUAAAAUUUUUCUAUUUCCAAUUUUAAAAAUAUUUUUUUUCUAUUUGUUAAAAUAUCUUAUUUAUUUCAACCAUGGUGACACUUUUCAUUUUUGUGUUGAAAGAUUACUUCAAAAUAAUAAUAAUUUAUAUAAUAAAGUAGAAAGAAGUAAUUCUAAUGAUUUUUUCUCGAAUAACGAAGAAAAUAGUGACAAAGCAAAAAAUGAUAAUAAUAUGAAUGGUGUGAAUCCUUUAUAUGAUCUUAAUUGUAAUAAUAAUUAUAUAAACUCCAACAAGAAUAAGCAUAUAAAUUGCGAACAAAUUAAUGAUGACUAUUUUUUUCAGAACUACUUGGAUGAAGAUGAUCGCAUAUUUAGCUCAUUAAACAAUUAUAUAAAUAGUUUUAAGGAAAAUGAUGAAUAUGAUGACAGUGAAGAUGAUAUGAGGGAAAACAUAACAGAAAAAGAUAAUGAUAAGGCAAAAGAAAUACAAGAAGAAAAUGAAGAAAGAAAUAUUUAUGGUGAUAAUGAAAUGAAUGAAGAAAAUGAAGUACAAGAGGAAGAAGAAGAUGAAGAAAAACAGGGAAAUGGAAAGAAAAAUGAAAAAAUAAAAAAAAUAAAUAAAAAUGAAAAGAAAAAAAAAAAAGGUAAAAAAGAAUGUGACGAUAAUAAUAAAGAAAAUACAAAUGUUAAAAUUAAUAAUGAUGAAAAUAAAGAUGUGGAAAAUAAAAAAAGUAGUACAGUAAAAAAUGUAUGUUCGUGUAAAAUUGAAUUAGGUAAUAUAGCAAAAAAUAAAAGAAAAAUUAACAAAAAAAAGGGUUCUAAUGAUAUUGCUUCUAUGUAUAAAAAUAUAGAUAAAAUAAAUAAAAAGUUAAUGUCUAAAGAAGAUUAUAAAUUAUUAAUAAAUAUACUAUAUAGUAAUGAAUAUUCUAAAAAUUCUAAAUAUAUAUGUACAAUCACUGUUAUAAUUAAUAUAUUUUCUGUUCUUUUAUGUGAAUAUAAUGAAGAUAUGUUUCAAUUUCUUUGUAGUAAUAUAUAUGGAGAAAUUAUCAAUAAUAAAUUAAAUAAUCAUAAUAUUUAUUGUGGCAAUUUGUCUCAAAAUUAUCUCUAUAAUAUAUCAUUUUCUCAGUUAAUAUAUUUUAUGUUAAUUUUUUUAUACAAAAUAUUUUAUCAGCAUACUUUGAAUAAAAAUGAUGUUUUAGCAAAAAAUUUAAAUACAGCUAAUAUAAACGAUAAUUUUUUUUUACAUAAGAAUGAAAACAUAAAUAAUGUGUCCAAUACUACUAAUAUUGAUAAAGUGUAUUCAUUUGAUGCAGAUAGUAAAUAUGGUUUUGAAACUUUUAAUAAAGACAAAGAAAAUAAUUAUAAAUAUGAAAAAAGACAAACGAUGAGUUCUUAUAAUGAUUUAUAUGACAAUUACAUCAUUUCUUAUAUGCAAAAGGAAAAUAAUGAUCAUAAUAAUAUAAAUGUUGUUGAUAAAAAUAAUUUAGUACCUUAUGAUAUUCAGAUAUUUAAAAAUAUAUUUUUAGUUUUUCAGAAAACUUUAAAAUAUUAUUUAUUUUGUUAUAUGCAUUGUUGGAAAGACGUAAAAAACUUAUUGGAAUAUUUUUUACAAUCAGAAAAUAUAAAUAUUAAAGUUAUUUCAAUAAAAAUAGUAAUUGAUAUAUUUGUUUUUAUUAAUUCUUAUUAUGAUAAUAAUUCUAAUGAAUAUGAAUUACCGAUUUAUAAACAAAAAGAUGAGUUUAAAAAUAACCAAAUUUUUAAUAAUUAUAAUAACAAUAUACAACAACAACAAUUAAAUGAAAAUUCCAAAUAUUCUAAAGAUUGCAUAAAUACUAAAGUAAAUGCUUACUUAAAUACAAAGGAUUAUAUACCUAAUAAUGAAAAUGAGAAUAAUAUAAAUAUUUACAAUAAACUUAAUUCAGAUACCUUGAAUAAUUUAUGUAAAAAUAAAUAUAAUUCCAUACAUAAUGAUUUUAUCAAUACAAAAAUAGAAAAUUAUAUAGAUGUUGAUAUUAAGAAUAUAAAUAAUUUACAUGUAAUAAAUAAUUUGAAUAACUUUAAUUAUACAAAAGACUCAAAUACUAUUGAUAAUGCAAGGUAUGUCUAUGAUGAUAAUAAUAAUAAUAAAGAUAAUAGUAAUAAUAAUAAAGAUAAUAGUAAUAAUAAUAAAGAUAAUAAUGAUAAUAAUAAAGAUAAUAAUAACAAUAAUAAUAAUAAUAGUAAAGAUAGUAAUAAUAGUAAUAAUAAUAAUAUUAAUAAUGUGCAUGAUGAUAACUAUAGUAACAAUAUUAAUAAUGUUAAGAUUAAUAAUCACAAUUGUAAUGGAAAUAGCUUUAAUAAUAAUGAUGAUACUACUACUAAUAAUAAUUAUAUAAGUCACAGAAGUGUUCCUGAUUCAAUUAAUUCCAAUAGCAAUAUAAACACUAUAUCAGAAAUAUUCACUGAUCAAAAAAAAUUAAACAUUACAAAACAUAAUUUAGAAAAAAGUAUUGAUGUAAAUAAUGUUACAAAUAAAAAGGAAGUAUAUUACACUAAAUUAGAUGAAUUAGAUCAAAAUAGCAAAAAAGCGAAAUUUAUAAAAAUUGUAGAAAAUGAUAUGAUUUAUUUAUUUCGUAAAUAUAUAUUAAUACAUAUUCAUAAUAUAAAUAAGAUUCAUGAUGAUGUAAUUAAUAAAAGAAGUAAAGUGAAACAUAUAUUUUUAAAUACCAUUAUUUGCAUUUCUCAGUUAAGUUAUGAAGGCUUUAAAAUUUUAAAAAUUGAAGAUAUCCAAAAACUAACUAAUUUAGUUUCUUCAUGUGUUCAUAGUAUUAAAUGCAAUAUUAUAACAGCAUUAAGUAAAUAUAUUAUUAAAUAUAUUUUUGCUUUUAACAAGAAGUUUAUUCAAAAUUAUGAAAAAAAAAUUAAUUUAUUGCACAUGAAUUCUACCAACGUUUAUUUUAAUAAUAUUCUCACAACAACAAAUAAUUUUAAUAUUAAAAAAAAUAUAAAUGUUGAUGCUCUAUAUAUUGCAGAAAAUAUAUUGAAUAAUAAAAAUUUUAAAUCACAUAGUAAUGAAAUAUUUGAACCAAAUGCUAAGGAAAGUGUGAAUUAUACUACUAAUUCCUGCUCAUUAAAUAGUAGUGUUAAUAAACAAAUGAAUAUAACUGAUAAUAAUAUGAAUAAUAAAACGUACACGAAUCUAAGUGAAAGUAAUUCACUUCUACAAAAAAAUGAAUAUAAUAAUACACAGUAUUUUAUGAAUACAGAUAACUCUUUAAUAUGUGAUAAAAUACAUUCAUAUGAUAACAAAAAUAAUUUUUUUGACGAACAUGUAAUGAGUCGUACACAGUCAACAAUAUACAACUCAGAAAUUAAUAAUGAUUACAGUACCGCAAAAAUGAAUUUUGAUUCAUCGAAAACAGAAGCAUGUACGAGAGAUGUAAUAGCAUUAGAAAAUGUAGUCAACGUAAUUCCUGAUGAAUAUAAUUCUGAUAAAAGUCAUAAUCUGAGUGACAGUUCUUUUGCAAAAAAGGGAAAAACUCAAGGCAAAGAAAGAAUUAUGAUUUCUGAUCAUAAUGUUAAUACUUAUUCAAAUGCAAAUAAUCAAAAAAAUGAUUAUUCUUUUAAUAAUGAAUCUAUGAACCAUAAAUGGGAUGGAUAUAUUGAUAACUAUAGCUUAAAUGAAUAUAAUAAUGAAUUAUUCAAUAUGCAUUACGGAAAAUUUAUAACACAAGAAAAAAAUAAUUGUUUUGAUUCUAAUAAUUUAAAGAAAAUGGAAAGUAAUAUAAACAAUGAUAAAGAGAAAAUGAAUAAUGAAGAACAACUAAGUAAAAUAAAAAAUAAAAAAGAAGAAAUAAAAAUAGAAGAAAGAAUAGAAGAUAAAUGUAUAAUAGAAGUAAGUAAUUUUGAUAUUAAUAACGAUGAAAAUAAUACGAAUAACUCAACACAUAAUUUUCUUGAUGUUCAUAAAUUAAGUCAACCUGUUCAAUCAUUAAUUAAUUCUAAAGGAAAAGAUAAAUAUGAUUUUGUUAAUUCUUACAUGGAUUCAGAAAUAGAUAAGUAUUAUUUAAAUGAUCUAUUUCCCAUUGAAAAAUCUGAAAACAAAAAAUGGAAAGAUAUAUAUAUGUUAGAAAAAAAGAGAAAUGAAAAAAAAUUAUUUGAAUUAUAUUAUACAUAUAUUUAUAUUAUUAUUCACAUAAUUAAGUUUUAUAAUGAUUCCUUUGUUGAUUUGAAGUAUUAUACAUACAAUUGUAUAUGUGAAAUUGCAAGUUCCUAUAUUCCAUUUUAUUUCACACAGAAAAAUAUUAAAACAUUUUCGUACUAUAGUAAUUAUAGUAGUGAAGAAAAUAAAGAUAUUAACAAGUUUAUUGAUUUUAUAAAUAAUAUCAACUUAUCUACUGAUAUAAAUAGCUUAAACUUAUAUAACUUAAAUAAAUUGAAUAAUAAUAUUAAUGAAAAAUGCACUAAUAAAGAUAGUGAUUAUGAUAACAUAAAUAAUGAAAAUAAUCUCAUUGGUAAAUCAUUUCAAAAUUCAAAUAACAAAAACAAAAUAGUGUGUGAUAAAAAAAAAAAUAUUAACAAUAAUAUAAAAAUAUCAGAAAAUCACGAAAAAUCACUAACUAAUAUAAUUACAUGCUAUAAUAAUAUGAAUGAAGUAUUUUUAAAUAAUAUAUAUUUAAUUUCAUACAUUGAAUAUAUAUAUAUAUUAUUAUUAAUCAUAAGAGAAAACAAAAACGUAGAAAAAGACAGAGCAGUUUGUUGUAUAAUUAGAUAUGUAGGUUUCAUUUGUAAAAAUAUGAACUUUUUUUUAUUUAAUUCCAUUAAUUUAUUGCCUUCUACGUUUCUUAUUAAAUAUUUUAUAUAUUUAAAUAAUUUAAUUGAAAAAAGAUCAUUCGACUUCUUUAAUUCUGAUGAAUCAGAUAAAGAAAUGAAUAAAAAAGAAGAAACAGAAAAAGAUCAAUUAUUAAAUGAAAAAGAUGAAAAUUCAAUUAUGAAGCAGCAUAUGCAAGCAAAAUUUGAUAUUAAGGAAGGAAAGUCAUGCAAUAAUUAUAUUCAUGAAAUUGAUAUUUUAAAUAAGAAAAAAUUAAAGGAUUUAAAAAACAAUAAUGAAAAAAGUAAUUUCAUAGAAAAAAAUAAUCAUGCUAGUGAUGAAAAAAAACAAUAUCCGAAAUUAUAUCACUUAUUUUUGAAUGUAUAUAUAAAAUAUGAAUAUGAAUUUGAUGACUGUUUUUUUUCAUUUAACAAAAAUAUGCAAAAAAAAAAAAAUAUAAUGGAAGAUGCAGAAAAUUACAAUAAAAUAAAAAAGACAAUGAUCAACGAAAGUAUAAAUGAAUAUGAUAUAAUAAAUAACGAAAAUUUAGAACAUUUGAAAUGUGAUACCACCUUACAUCAUUUUAAUGAAAACAUAUUUGAAUCAUAUUCCGAUAAAAAAGAAAAAAAUAUAUGUUCAAAUCCAAUCAUAAUAGAAAUAAGUGAUAUAUUCAACUCAAAUUUAAGUAAAAAUAAUCUUAUAAAUAAUCCCAAUAAUGUUGACGCUAAAAUUAUUUUAUAUUUAUUAUCAAUAGUUAAAGAUCAUAUAAAAAAUAAAAUUACGUGGAAUGUAUUAUAUGCUUUUAAAUUAAUUUAUAAUAAUUUUUCUUUUUUCCUUGCUCAGAAUUUUUCUGAAUUGCAUUAUAAGAUUUUAGAUAAUUUGAUAAAUACAUUAAGAUUCACUAAUGUUUAUAAAAUUAAAAUACUAUCAUCAUUGGCUUUAAUUCACAUUCCUUUAUAUUAUAAUAUUAGUAAACAAAAAUUGAAAGAACUGUGGGAAACUUUAAUAUCGAAUAUUUCCUUUUUUGAUGUAAUUUUUGUUGAUGAUAAAUCCAAAUCAAAUCAAUUCGUUUAUUAUUAUGACAAGGCGUUAAAUUAUAUAACUAUUAGUAAAAAAACAGAAUAUAAAUAUAAAUGCACAUUAAGGGUUAAUAUUUGUGAAUUACUAUAUAUAUGUAUAUAUAGAUCAUAUAUUCAUGCGAAUAUAAACACAUAUAUUGAAAUUGAUAAUAAAAAAAUAAAUUGUUAUGAAGUUUUUAAAAAACACACACAUAUCUUUAAUAUUAAUAACGAUAUACACAUAUACAAUUUAAAUCAUAUAUAUAAUAAUCAUGUUAUGUAUUAUUCAUUUUACAAUCAAAAUAAUUCUACUCAAACUCACACAGAAGAAAAAUAUAUAGAUAAAGAUGAUAAUACAAAUUGUUAUAUUUUAGAAAAAAAGGAAGAAAAAUCCCAUGAUGAUGAUAUUUUUGAACUUAAGUUAUUUUUAAAUGAUCAUUUUGAUAAAUAUCAAUCUGUUUAUAAGAAUUUAUUAGGAACAAGUAAAAACCCAAUUUUUUUAGUACUCUUUUUAAAGCUUCAUUAUGAAAUAAAAUUGUCAUUAAAAAAAUAUAUAGAAAGAAAAAAGAAGUAA